AUGCAGCCAAUCGAAGAAAGGCACAUAGACUACCUUGGUAGGCUGAUUGAGGAAUGCAAUGCCAAGGAAACUUUCGGAAUUCACCUCGCACAUAAACAUUUCGACUUACGAGAAGGGACAUACCUCGAAGGCCGCCUUGAUACUGAUGACAAUCGGCAAUAUUACUGGACUAGAGCCGUUGAAAACAGUGGCUCUGACCCUAGCAAGCUUUGUGGUCAUAUAUUCGUAUAUGAUCGAGAGAAAGGAUUCAGCCCUUCUGAAUUUCACCACGGCUCGCUGCCUGAUCUGUCUACAGUGGAUCAUCGAAGACUAUUCUCGAUGUUCGGCAGGUACCUUAUCGAGCAUCAGCUUCAGCACAGCAUUGUGCUGGAGUACCUAAUUCCGGAACUCCGCGGAAGAAACAUGUUCGAGCUGGUCCUCCACGGACAGCAGCACAUACUAUUAUGCGAACCAGGAAUAGUACUACCUGGCUUGGCGAGUUCAGUUGUGACGGCGUACUCAUACGUUGAAUCAGCGAUGAAAUUUGGGCCAGGUACAAGAUACAUUACUCCGCCAGGAACCAAUAAGCAUAUAACGUUUAAUCCGGACGACUUGGUCGAAGUUAGGGAGGUCGUGGAUGUGUUUAGGAAACUCGAAUUUCUGGCAAUCUGA